UAAUAACAAAAAAACAAAAAACAAAAACAUGGCUAUUUCUGGGGAGAUUUGCAGAUCCCAGAAACAAUAACUCAAUGUAAAUGUUUAUUAUUAUUAUUUUCUCUUGCAAACACAAGAAGUCAAAACUAAAGCCUUAUUUUGUAUCCUCUUGCUUUGCUUCUUUCUUGUGUUUUUUGUCAGUGAUGUAUCCUUUUCGUUGCAUUACUGCCACCUACUGGAACAUUUGUUUAGUAGUCUCUCCGUUCAUCCAUCUAUCUAGAAUUUUCCAUGUAAUUGUUUUAACACACAGUGUUAACACACUUUCCAGAUUUUAAUCUCCAAUAGUAGACACUACAGGACACAGAAACGACUGGUCCUCCUCGCGCUGAGUCACGGACACUUCCUGGAGAAGCUGUCGGUGUCUCUGUUUGGUUGUUUCUGCUCCUCGAGCGUCGACCCACCGGGGUUCAUUCAUUGGCUUCAGCAGUGCGUGGAGCUCUGGGUCGGGUCCAUGUGACCCACCCCCCUGGAGUAGGCGUGUAGUUGCUUCGUACAACCGCUGGGUUUGUAACCUGACACCAGGCCGUGCGGUGCGUCUGCCAUGGCUUUCCCCGCAGAAAGCCUAUUUAAAAAGGAAAGGGAUGAGUCCUGCGCUCCUGACUCCGUAACCCCUCCUGAAGAAACCCACCUUUCCGUCCCGCUGCGUGGCCCUCUCUCUGGAUCGGCAUAAAUGAAUGAAACACAGGGGAAUAUCCACAGACAACCGCACCGGAAAACUCUCUGUCAAAGCAGCCUGCCAGGAGGAUUUGAUGUGGGGCUUGACAGGCAACUCAACAUGACUUUUUGCCUCUGGAAGUUCAUCACAAACUUGUCCGAUGCGUAAAACGGCCGCCGGUGUCUUCUGUCCCCUUCGCAAAGGAGUCACGCUGUGAUUAACGGAUCAGGUUUUUGACUGCCAGGACAAAUGAAUACAAAUGAAUUUAGGCACCCGAAGGAGAGAUUGCAGAACCUCUCAUCUAGACACAAAGAGAGCCCUAUUGCUCUGCACCAUUUUAUACUGUACUUGUUACCUGGGACUUACACAAGUACACCCUGAAGAUGUUGAUAUCCUUCAAAAGUUGGGGCUCAAGGGAGAGAAGCCGUCUCGCUCUGUGCCAGCAGGGAUCAUACCAUUCAGAUCAGGGAUCAUUAUCAACCAGCAGGCGCACAUUGAGGCUCCACUGCGCUCACUCUUCCCAGCAACGACAUGGCCCAACCUGGCACUGGUCCUGAGUGUUCGCUCACACCGAGUCAACAGUGCUUUCCUCUUCACCUUGCAGUCAGACCACAAGAAGCUCCUUCUUGGUCUGCAGCUUGUUCCUGGAAAACUGGUCCUUCACACGGGACCAAACACCUCAGUGGUACUGCCUUAUGAGCCACAUGAUGGCAAGUGGCAUCAGCUUGCAGUUGGAAUUAAUGGAAAGAGAGUGACUCUAUAUGCCUCCUGCGGAGAGCAGAGUGUUCAUGCAAACUUUGGGUGGGGCAGUGAUGAGGGACUGGCUUCCGAGCUCCAGGGCUCUUUCCUCCUUGGACGAACAAGCCAACAACAAUCCUCAGCACACUUUGAAGGAGCCAUUUGCCAAUUUGAUCUGGUCCCUUCUGCACAGGCAGCUCACAACUACUGCAGGUACAUUAAGAAACAAUGCAGGGAAGCUGACACAUACAGGCCUAAUCUUUCUCCCCUGCUGCCAAUCAUACCACGAGAAACAAACAUCACAGCUACAGUUGCUACCCCUAAACAGAGCAGCCCCGAAACAGCUAGAAAGCCAACAAAGUUUAGCCUUUUUACCCUUGCUAAGAGCUUCGCUGCUGCUGCCUCGGCUGUGAGGAAUUCUGCAUCUGCCAAAACAAUGAAGCCCAACCCUGGUACAGUUCCUACACCACUGCUGCCAACUGUAAUGCCAGUUACAGUGCAGCUUGGUUUGGCCACCCCACCUCUGAGGGCCAGGAUCGAAACUGUCACGCCACCACUUAGGACAAGGGCAACCCCCACACAACCACCAACGGCAAGGCCUACCACUUUUUCUUCUUCUAAGAUUCCAAAAAAGAAAACACCUAAACCUCCGACUCCAAAACCCACAAUUUCUAAUAGUCCUAAAAAGACAACGGAAAGGACCGACAACAAGAAAAAAUCUACUCCAUCAGCCACUCUCAGCACCAAACCUUUCAAAACAAAACCUGACUCAGCUCUGUCUACCCAAGAUGCAGCCCCAAAGAAACCGCAGCCCACCACGGCCAAGAAAGCAUCUCCAAGUCCUAAAGUCCUGUCAUCAAAAGCCACUCCGACCAAACCCAAAGUAAAUUCGGUCAAUGCUGUUGCUUCUAAAACACAAUUAUCCAAAGUCAAUCCCUCAAAAUCAACAAUCUCCAAAACAACAUCUGCCAAAACAUCCAAGCCAGUUGUCAAACAGUUCACGAAGCCCACAAAGCCAACAAGACAGGUCAAAACAACCAAAGCUCCCGUCACUCCAAGACCAACCAGACCUCUGUACAACACCGUCACUCCACCUGCCACUGAUGGUUUCCUGAGCUGGGAGGUGCCUCCGACUCAGUUCUCUCUGCUCACCGGACCUGUUGGACAAAAAGGAGAAAGAGGCUUCGCGGGACUGCCAGGACCUCCAGGGAAGUCGGGGCUGCCAGGCAAGAGGGGCCCUCGUGGUGCCCCCGGUCCUCAUGGAAACCCCGGCCGACCUGGUCCACCUGGACUCAAGGGGAGAAAAGGGGACCCUGGCAUGUCUCCUGGACCAGCACCGAAAGGAGAUAAGGGAGACCAUGGUAUUAUUGGCCCAGUUGGACAGAAAGGACAGAUUGGUCGAAAGGGACAGAGAGGUUACCCCGGUCCACCUGGACUCCCUGGAGAGCCUGGAGAGCAAGGUCCAGUCGGAAGCCCAGGUGCCAAAGGUUAUCCUGGCAGGCAGGGUUUACCGGGGCCUGUAGGACCAUUGGGGCCUAAAGGCGUUCGGUUGAUUGGAAUCCCGGGCCUUUUUGGCCUUCCUGGGCCUGAUGGCGAAAGAGGAAUGCCCGGUGAACCAGGGAAGAGGGGCAAGAUGGGUAGGCCGGGGUUUCCAGGGGACUUUGGGGAAAGAGGACCACCUGGAGCAGACGGAGAGCCCGGUGACAUGGGAGCCCCUGGACCAAAUGGAGUUCCUGGACUGAUUGGUGAUAUGGGACCAGUAGGAGAGAUGGGCCUUGCAGGACCCAGUGGGCUGAAGGGCGUGCCCGGAAAUCCAGGAGAACCAGGACUGAAAGGUGAUAAGGGCGAUGUAGGGCUUUCUGGAGCUCAAGGAGAGAUCGGGUAUAAAGGAGACAAGGGCAUCAUGGGACCUCCAGGGUUACCGGGGGUUCGUGGGAAACCAGGACCUCAGGGCAAGCAAGGAGAGAGAGGACCGGGUGGAGCACCUGGACCUCUAGGACCUGAGGGCUUCCCUGGUGACAUGGGACCACCGGGAGAUAACGGUCUUGAAGGACCAAAAGGAAAACUAGGUGUCAGAGGUUUACCUGGACCUCGUGGGGUACCCGGCUUAGAGGGAGACGAGGGCCCGAUCGGACCACCAGGCCCAACAGGACUGGAAGGUAUAAUGGGCAGAAAAGGAAUUAUUGGAAAGGUUGGUCCAGAGGGCCUAAAGGGGGAGUCCGGUGCCACUGGAAAAGUCGGAACCAUGGGAGAAAGAGGCCUGGUGGGCUUUAUAGGCCCGGGAGGAGAGGAAGGACUGGCAGGAGAGAAGGGCGAUCGUGGAGAGAUGGGUCUUCCUGGUCCACCUGGAGAAAAGGGAGCAACGGGUCACCCAGGGACGCCAGGAGAGACUGGACCUACAGGACCACCAGGAAGACCAGGCUCCCCUGGAGCGACCGGGCCGGCCGGUACCAGAGGACCCAAAGGCUUGAGGGGAGCAGUUGGGCCUGACGGUUCACCAGGAGAGACGGGGUUAAAGGGCAAGAAGGGUCCUGACGGUCCUCCAGGAAAAACAGGCUUCCCUGGACCACAGGGGAAGAUUGGAGAAACAGGAGAAACUGGACCCAAAGGAUUUCCUGGUAUCCAAGGCCCUUCAGGACCUCCAGGGGACAAGGGGAUUCCAGGCGAACCAGGACCAGCUGGGCCACCAGGGACUCUAGGACUGUUGGGAGAAAUCGGACACGCAGGGCCUCCAGGUAAAGCAGGGGAGCCAGGGCUACCAGGAGAACCAGGAGAGAAGGGAGCCAUUGGUCCUGCAGGAAACAUCGGAGAACAGGGACUAAUAGGACAACGGGGAGAACCAGGCCUAGAGGGCGAAACUGGUCCAGGUGGUCCUGAUGGAGCCAAGGGUGACAAAGGUGACAUGGGUCAGGAGGGCGAUAAAGGAGAGAAAGGUGAAAUUGGGCUGAAGGGUAAAGAAGGCCCACCUGGAAGUCCUGGACUGACUGGUGUUAGAGGUCAAGAGGGCAAAUCUGGCAAAAUUGGAGAAAGAGGAAAACAAGGAUCGAAGGGGGCUAAAGGUCAACAGGGUCACCUUGGAGAGACUGGAACAGUAGGAAAGACGGGGCCGAUGGGUUUUGUUGGACCGAAAGGAUCAAGAGGAACUAUUGGACAUGUGGGGGCUCCGGGUCGAAUGGGUCAACAAGGUGAAACUGGUAUUCCAGGUUAUGAGGGCCACCAGGGACCACAGGGCUCCCUGGGGUCUCCAGGACCAAAAGGUGAAAAGGGCGAGCAGGGGGACGAUGGAAAAGUAGAGGGUCCUCCUGGUUCUCCAGGUGACAUAGGCCCUCCAGGUGACAGAGGCGAAAGAGGCGAAUCAGGAGAUCCAGGAUAUAAAGGUCAGGUUGGUUUGGACGGAGAGAGAGGCAGACCUGGAGCUCCGGGACAACCAGGACAUCCUGGGCCCCGUGGUGUGCAAGGACUCAAAGGUGCAAAAGGAGAUCUAGGUCAAAAGGGGAAAAAGGGACAGACUGGACCAAAAGGAACCAGAGGGACAGAGGGUAGUGGUGGUCCUCCUGGUCCCAGAGGUGUGGUGGGUCGUGAGGGACAGGAGGGUGUACCAGGGGUGGACGGAGUUCCAGGCAAAGACGGCAGUAUAGGCAUGCCGGGAGAGCACGGAGAUGAUGGAGAGACUGGUCUUCCUGGAAAAGCUGGUGCACGUGGCAAAACCGGUGUUCCAGGACUCCCGGGAGAUCAGGGCGGCAUCGGACCAAAGGGUGAACAGGGUCUUCGUGGCCAGACUGGAGCUGCUGGUAAAAGAGGCUUCAUCGGUGGAAUGGGACUUCCGGGGCCACAGGGAGACCAGGGACCUAAAGGACAACCUGGUGACACAGGCGAACAAGGUUUUCCAGGGUUUCUGGGAGUUUUUGGACCAAGGGGGCCUCCAGGAGACUUUGGGCCAAAGGGCACUCAGGGGCCAAAGGGGCCACAGGGUGCAAUGGGCAGAGGAGGUGUCGUCGGCCCCAUAGGAAUCAUUGGUCCCGGUGGCAGAGCAGGUCCCAGAGGAGACAAGGGCAAUCGUGGAGAGACUGGAUUACAAGGACCAAGGGGAUCUCCUGGCCCACGUGGACCCCCUGGACUUCCAGGCCCUCCAGGCGUCCCACCAUCGUUUAAAGAAGAUGGCGUCUUGUUUGUGAAUUCACACACUCCACUCAGGACUGAGAAUAAGCUAGUGAUGGACCUGCCCGUGUAUGACCACGGAGCGGAGAUCUUUAAGACCCUCCACUACCUCAGUAACCUGAUCCAGAGCAUGAAGAACCCACUGGGCACUCGGGACAACCCCGCCCGCAUCUGCAGGGAUCUGCACAGCUGUGAAAUGAAGUUAAAUGACGGCGCUUAUUGGAUCGACCCCAACCUGGGCUGUUCAUCAGAUACAAUCGAAGUGUCCUGUAACUUCACUGGAGGUGGACAGACGUGCCUGAAGCCAGUGACAGUAACUAAGCCAACAGUCACUGUUGGUCGUGUCCAGAUGAACUUCCUCCACCUGCUGAGCUCAGAAGCUGUGCAGCACAUCAUCAUCCACUGCCUGAACGUCUCAGUUUGGAGCUCAACUGAGGAUCAGCCAGUCGCCCAGUCUGUGAUGUUCAAGGCCUGGAGCGGGGAGGUGUUUGAGUUGGGAGGAGAACUCGAGCCAGAUGUAAUAGAAGACUCCUGCUCGAUUAAAGAUGGCCGCUGGCACCAGACGCAUUUUGUGUUCCACUCCCUGGACCCCACCUUGCUCCCUGUGGUUGACAUCUUCAACCUUCCAGUCUCUACACCUGGCUCACAUUACCAUCUAGAAGUCGGUCCUGUGUGUUUCCUGUGACGGCUGCAGUGUCGACCCUAAGAAACCUGAGCCCAGGGUCAGCGCCCUUCAGAUGACAUUGUCAAGCAGAUGAGGAGACGUAGCAAUCUCCUUCGUAGUGAGGCCCAACAUUGCCCAAGCGAGAUCAAAUCCCCAACUCCUUAUCGACUCCUGCUUCACUGUGCCUAAAUCCCAUUGGACUGCAGGCACAGAGGGAGGACCUACAGGUGAGCAGGAGGUACUACAGAAGAUCUAGGGAAGGAGAAGGGAGUUCUUGCACUAAUGUCUCCUCAGUAUGGCAUAGGCUUCUUGAAGCUCUUCAAGAAGGAUCUACAUGUACAACUGCUUGAUGGCCCCAUGCCACACAGUCUCUCUGGAACACUGUUGAGUGAAGGGAGACCAAGGCCAAGUCAGUCAGUGGACGUUAUAGUAACUUAUUUUUGUAACUUUAUACAGUUCGUAUGCUGUGUGUAUUUUUUCUUUAAAACCAGGAAUUCAUUUCUGUCAAGAGAAGGAUUAAAGUAAUGGGAUCAGUUCAGUGUACAUAUAGUAAUGAUACAUAAUAUUAACUUUUAUACAUGUAUAUCUUAUGUAUAGAAAUAAUCUUCAAGUGCAAUAGAAAAAAAAAACGGGAAGAAAAUUAAAUAUUUUAAAAAUACUUUAACCUAUGGAAGGAUUUUUUUUUCAGGGGUGUCAGUCUAUUCAGCUCUGUGGCUUGUGUCCCUGUGACCUCCCCAAUGUGAUGUCUUUUUAGAGGCAGACUCACAGUCUCAGCCAACACAUCUGUGUUCACUAGUGAUUCCUCCCCUCUGUGGGAAAACAAGUGACACCCAGUCAUCUCUCAGUAAAAUACAUCUGAAACCACCGACUAAUGCAUGCAACUCAUCCACAGUUCAUCAAAUAGUCAAUACUCAUGCUGUCCUACACCAACUGCAACUGAGGAUUUGGAAAAAAAAAUUAUAUAUAUAUGUGGAUGUGGAGAUUAGAGGUCAGAAUAAAAAAAUUAAAGAGUAUAGCUCUAAAGUUCUCAAGUGUUUUAUUUUUUCACUGCUCAUUUGCCGGCUGUCAACAGGCCUGCAAUUUUCACAUGUAAAAAUAAAAAUAGCAGAAGGGAAGAUUUUUAUUAUUUACUCAGCAGCAUAUGGGACUGGGAGUGGACAGACUACAGACUUAGAGGAGAACUGAGCCACGGGAGAAAAGGGAUUGUGGGUCCAGGAAUUAAAACAGAACCCCUCGUUUGUAACCCCACCUUCUCUCUAAUGCAUGGUGCUAAGUAAUUUAUGAAAAGGUGCUAACUGUAGUGCUGUAAUUACACCACUUAACUAAAGUAUUGUAUUUGUAAUGCCUGCUUAUAAGAAUAAUAAUAAUUAAAAAAGUCCGUUUAUCUCAACGUUUAUGUUAAGUCAUGCACUAUAAUAGUGUUGCCCAUUCCAAAAGUUGUUGAAAUUUACUACAGAUGCUCAUCCUACAGGAUACAUUUUUCAAGUAAUACGUAUAAAACACAUACUCAUUUUUUCCCCACACAGUUACAGGGUUUUGACGUAUUUGUUUUGAAAGUAAAGAUCAGUUUUAUCUGUAUAAAGCCCCGCUGGAGGCAUAUGAAAUAUGUUUAAAGACACUAGUGGAGAUAGUACUGAUAAAAUGAAACUCUUUGCUGUAGCUGGACACAAGUGUGUAUAAUUGUGCAAAUCUUGUUGUAUACAGUGGAUCCCCUCUUAUUUAAUGUUAUUUAAUGUUAACACAGUUGCAGACUAAGCAGUAAUUCUUGGCUAAAGCAAUGCUACUAUCAAUGACACAUCAUAUAUAUAUA